UAAAAAUGAAAAAAACCCGUUUCUUCUCUCUUUCAGACAGGUUGAAAGAGGGGGAAGAAAAAUAAAAAUUAAAAAAAAAAGUAUAAAAAAAAACCCUAAAAAAACAGAAAAAUGGCGAUUGCAAGAACGGGAGUUUUUGUAGACGAUUACUUGGAGUAUUCAAGCACGUUGCCAGCAGAGCUUCAGAGACUUCUAAAUACAAUGAGAGAGCUCGACGAGAGGUCCCAAGCUAUGAUCAACCAGACAAGAGAACAAACCAAGUACUGCUUGGGAAUGCCUUCACAGAGUUCUAAGAAAGGAAGCAAUGAAGAAGACGACUCAGCAUUUGAGAAGAUGCGGAAGGAGAUUGAGACAAAUCAGGAGAACGCAUUGAGCCUCUGCACUGAGAAGGUCUUGCUAGCAAGGCAAGCUUAUGACCUUAUUGAUAGCCAUGUAAAACGACUUGAUGAAGACCUUAACCAGUUUGCAGAAGAUCUUAAACAAGAGGGAAAGAUACCACAAGAUGAGCCAGCAAUACUUCCUCCACUGCCCAUAGUCCCUAAGGAUGAGAAGCGGAAGUUGUUUUUUAGUACACCUCAGCCAAAGAGAAUCAAUUUCAGAGAGAGGGAUUGGGAGAAGGAGGGUGAUCGAGAUUUUGAACUCAUGCCUCCUCCGGGAAGCCAUAAGAAGAACGUUCCUGCACCUGCCGAUCUUGAUCAACUGACUGAUCCAAAUGAACCGACAUACUGUGUCUGUCAUCAGGUAUCCUUUGGAGACAUGAUCGCCUGUGAUAACGAGAAUUGUGAAGGAGGCGAAUGGUUCCACUAUUCCUGCGUGGGGCUGACGCCAGAGACGAGGUUCAAGGGAAAAUGGUAUUGCCCGACCUGCAGGCAGCUAUCAUCCUAACUCAAAUGUAAUUUCAGCCGUGAGAGUCUCUCUCUAUCAACUAUGGUGGGCUGGGGGAUAUAUGGGCAUUGUUUUCAUCGGGACCUGAUCGGGAUGGGCGGCCUGCCUUUUGUCAUAUGGGGUGUUUCUGUUUUGAUGUCUCUGCCACAGCAGGGGUUCGGAAGCAGGUAGGAAUUUCCGAGUUCUUUUGAAUUCUGUUUAUUAAUGAGAAGGGUCUUUCAUUUUCUUUGCAA